AGAAAGCGUCAUUGCAUUCGUGAGCGUUGCCCAGACGAGUCACUUUGCAUAAAACUUAGGUCUUCUUAUUGUCUCAUUGGAAACAUUCUUGACCCUGCGGUUUGCCAGAGGUGCAUUUUGGAUAUAUAUAUACGCGCAACAAGCAUAUGCACAAAUAAUAACUGACUAUCGCUUCACUGGGAUAACAUCAGACAAAUUUGUUGACAUCUGUAUUUUAGAAUUGAAAGAGAAUUUCAGACAACAGAAAGAGAACUUUUAAAUAUUUGACAGAGAAGAUAACUUGAAUAACUGAUAGAAAUUUUACAAUAAGAUGACAAUGAAGCAUAUACCUUUGGCUUUAGGAGUUCUAGUUAUUAUGCUGUUCUUUGGCGACGUGCAACCACAGGCUUGUCGUGCAGACUGUACGCCUCCGGACUGCUCGUGUCCUAGGACGAGUUACCCUAUGGAUAGACGAGAUAUUCCGCAGAUGGUCUACUUUGGAUUCGACGAUGCCGUCAAUGUUGUCAUGUCUUCACUGUACAACCGUCUGUUCACGAAGAAGCGGAAGAACCCUAAUGGCUGUACCAUGAAGAUGACGCUUUUUGUUUCGCAUGAGUAUACAGACUACGAGAGAGUCAGGAAAUUUUAUCAGAGGGGUAUGGAGAUAGCAGUCCAUAGUGUUACGCAUACGGCUAUUGACGAUGACAAUAUUUUAAGAAAGGAAGCAAGAGCGCAGAAAGAAAAUUUAAUGAAAAAUGCUGGAGUACGUGCACAGGACAUAGUUGGCUGGCGAUCACCUUUCCUGAAAACCGCGGGAAAUAAUCAGCCUAAAAUUCUGAAAGAACUCGGGUACGAAUAUGAUAUCUCUUUAACAUAUUCUAGGACUAAUAUGGACAUACCUAAACCGUGGCCAUUUACAAUGGACAAUGCGUGGCCUUACAAGUGCGGUAUUAAGCCAUGCCCAACUGGCAGAAGCGCGAGAGUAAAGAAUUUCUGGGCUGUACCCGUUGUUAGCUUGAUGGACUACAAAAACCAGUAUCCAUGCUCGUUUGUAGAUGGGUGCGCAGUCAGAGCAUCAACCGAAACAGAAGCAUUUAACUUUCUGUGGAACAAUUUCAUGUCCUACUACAAUACAACAAGAACGCCAUUCGGACUGAACAUGCACGCAGCCUGGUUCUACACGCGCUACAAUCUGAAGGCAAUGAUGCGGUUCCUUGAUGAGUUACAGAAACUGGACGAUGUUUAUGUAGUAACUGUAAAACAGAUGAUAGACUGGAUGAAAAACCCGACACCGGUAUCUAAUAUCCACAACCUAAAAUCAUGGGGCUGCCCAGAGCAAACACAAAAACAAAAAGGUAAUGUAGGACAUACUGUACCAGCUGUACCAGCAAAUCCCCAUUUUACUCCUAGCAGACCAAUCAUACGUACUUCGUGGAGAAACGAUGCAAUUAGGCGGUGGAGAACCGACAAAGCCAUCCGCUGGAGUAGGCGAAGGAUCACAACAACAACUACAACUACUACACCUCGACCAACAACUACUACCACAACUACUACACCUCGACCAACAACUACUACCACAACUACUACACCUCGACCAACAACUACUACCACAACUACUACACCUCGACCAACAACUACUAGCACAACAACUACUACUACUCGACCGACGACUACCACACAAUCAACUACCACAACUUCAACAAACAAACCAACGACGACAACAACAACACCAAGACCGCCCAUGCCAACAGUAGCUCCAAUCCAAAAACAACGUACAAGAAUACAACAGUCAAUCAUUAGACCACAAAGUUUGUCGGCUGGUCCAACUUUUAACCAUAAAACUCAUAAUCAUGAUGAUCAUUCCCAUCAUCCGGCAGCCACAGCCGAUACAGCGGUACAACCUUUCUUUUCCUCCAUCUUCAGACAAACAAACCCACCUGUAGUAAACGAUCAAACAUGGUGGUCCUUCUGGAAGCAGACGACAACCAAAGACGUUACCACUGGUUGUGUCCAAAAUGUUAAUUGCCAUCUGCCUAGUUGUUUUUGUCAGGGAACUACAAUACCAAACAAUUUGAAACUUUCCGAAACUCCUCAAAUGGUAUACCUCACAAUUGACGGGAGUAUGAAUGCAGCUGCCUUUAGGCGUUAUAGACAACUUGUCCUAAAUAAAAAGAAUCCGAAUGGUUGUAAAGUUCGAGGUACAUUUUUCGCAUCUGAGAGGGGAACAAUGCGUCAAAUAGCUAAAAAUUUGGUUAAGCUCGGCGCUGAAGUGGCCAUGCAAGGCUUGCAUGAACAUCAUUAUGAAAACUCCCAGCAUAUGGAAAAAGAAAUUUUAGCUCAAAUGAACGCACAAAGAAAAAUCGGCAUUAAUGCAACUGGAUGGAAAACGCCCGAAUUGAAAUCGUUAGGUAAUGAACAAUUUCGCCUGCUUCAAAAAUAUGGCUUCAAAUAUGACGCUACACUUUCAGAGAAUUUACCAGCACCAAAUAAAAAUAAACCAUGGCCGUACACACUUGAUUUUGGAUAUACAGGAGAGUGUGUCAUUCCAAAAUGCCCGACCCAAAGUUUCCCCGGUUUGUGGGAAAUACCUUCAGUCGCUUUAAUGGACUACAGGAAAAUGUUUGAGUGCAGUUAUGUGGACGGGUGCAUGCUCAAUCCACCAACAAGUUCAGACACAGCCAAAUUUCUUUGGGACAACUUCAUGUUCAACUACAAGACAAACAGGGCACCAUUUGGUAUCCAUCUUCGACAAGUUUGGUUUUCGCACCCAGCUUAUAUAAAUAAUAUUAAAGGAAUUCAGAAGUUUAUUUCAAAAAUUCUUACAUUGAAAGACGUUUACAUAGUUUCAGCAGACGACAUUAUCACGUGGAUACAGAACCCUGUCCCUGUGUCCGAAAUGACGGACAAGAUCCCAUGGAAUUGUGGAACAUGAAAUCUUUCAUGAAUGUGACUCACUUUGUGCAUUUUUUCAUUUAAUGAAUCCACAUCUUUUAGUUACUGUUUUGACAUGUCAUGUGAUAUAUAACGGGUUUGAUUUUACCCUGAUCUCGUCACUUAUUUUGACAAUCGAUUAUAACAAAUGAAAGUUAGUGGGCCCGUAAUGCCACGCGGCAAUUUCUUUGUGGUUACGUGUUAUCAUUGGGCAAUUCGGCACUCCUCGGACAUAAAGUACUUCAAAGCACUCAUGUUUCCGUAAAAGCCCGAAAAUGCCGAAUUCACAUACGGAAAAUGCGUCAUUCGACGAAGUGGAUCUCGGCAUUUUCCGUUCGAUAUACGUUUUCUCCGCAUGCGACUUUGUUAUGAAAAAGCUAUUUUCAGUUAUGAUCAAAGAACGCCGAAAUAACAUAAGAUGAAUAAGACAUUGUACGAGAAUUGCUGUGUUUUAUUUCGGGUUCACUAUCUUAAAUUAGUUUUGUUGUCUUCAUUUCUAGAAGAUGAAUUUAAUCGAUGGUCGAAAUAAUUUGCGUUAUCAACUUACAAAUGUGGUAUUUAUUCUUUAACAUUUUGUGAUUUAAAAUAAAAGAUGAUAUAUGUAUUUCAUAACGUUAAUUGCGUAUCUGCAAACCUUUUCAUUUUUAGGUCAUAGCCAUGUAUAUAUAUCAUUAUUAUCAUCAUUUUCAAUUGUUAAUUAUUUAAAAUGUCAAAUACACUGUUUAAUAUGCCAUGAAAUGACAUUGUCAUGAUUGCGCCAAUUUAUACCGCCAUCCAUCAACGUCCGUCAUAUAACCUUUAAUACUUAUUACCUUCGUCUCGGGCAAGUGUACAGCAUUCUCUAUUAUUUUCUGUUAGUUGUUGUUAUAAUAGAAGAAAAAUAAAAUAUUAAAAAAAGAA